CUGGCCGGAAAGAGAAAAGAGGAGACGGAGCUUCCGCUCAUUCAUCGCGCGCGCCCUGUGUGUUGGGAGUGCGUUUUCUUCUCAGCGAGUAACGGACGCGGCCUAGUCUCCGUGCUCAAUUUUUGGUGGUUUAUUCCUCACUCGCUUAAGCAUUUUCGGCCUACACUUUUGCCGCCAUGAAGCUCGUGAGAUUUCUUAUGAAACUAAGUCAUGAAACCGUAACUAUUGAACUGAAGAAUGGGACCCAGGUUCAUGGAACCAUCACAGGAGUGGAUGUUAGUAUGAAUACUCAUCUGAAAGCUGUGAAAAUGACUCUGAAAAACAGAGAACCUGUCCAAUUGGAAACUCUGAGUAUUAGAGGCAAUAAUAUUAGGUAUUUCAUUCUGCCAGACAGCUUGCCACUGGACACCCUUUUGGUGGAUGUUGAACCAAAAGUCAAAUCCAAGAAAAGGGAAGCAGUUGCUGGAAGAGGGCGUGGGAGAGGACGUGGGAGAGGGAGAGGACGUGGCCGAGGAAGAGGAGGUCCAAGACGAUAAUUUCUUUAUAGCAACUAAAAUAAAAAAAUGCCAGGCAACUUUGACUAUUUUUUUGUACAGGUUUUGUUUAAUGUCAAUUUUUAAUAAACCAGUGUGAAAAUGU